GACGACUCAGAUGCAGAUGUCAGACCACCACAGCGACGUAGAAUGUCUGAUGCCGAGGAAGAGGACUAUGCUGGUGAAGCCAGUGUCACCCAAGGCGACAGCAAUCUCGAAGUCAUGGUCAAAAACAUGGUCCGCCUCGCUCUCGCAUACGAAUACUCAAGAACCCCCAUCAGACGCGGCGACAUUACCAACAAAGUGCUCGGAGCGACCGGCGGCCGUCAAUUCAAAGCAGUCUUCGCAGAAGCCCAGAUCCAACUUCGAGGAACCUUCGGCAUGGAGAUGACGGAACUGCCUAUGAAAGAGAAAGUCACCUUGGCACAACGCAGAGCGGCGCAGAAAUCGCAGUCUACACAAAAGAGCAGUGCAACCUGGAUCCUGACAUCCGUGCUGCCUGAAAGAUUCCGUCAACCAGAAAUUCUACCUCCGUCACAAGCACCGACGCUUGAACUCGAGUCUCAGUACACUGCACUAUAUACUUUUGUCGUGUCACUGAUCUACCUGAAUGGUGGCAUGCUGCCAGAUGGCAAGAUGGAACGUUAUCUCAAGAGAGUCGACGUGGAAGAGGCAGCGGCACAAAACAGUGUCAACAUCUUGAACAGCGGAGGUGACAAGACAGAAAAGCUGCUCAAACGCAUGGAGAAAGACGGAUAUGUCAUCAAAGUUCGAGACAACUCGACUGGAGAGGAAGUCGUGGAGUGGAUGGUUGGACCUCGCGGAAAGACAGAAGUCGGCGACAGCGGAGUCAGAGGAAUGGUCAAUCAGGUCUAUGGUGAAGUCGCAGACCCAGCGGAACUUGCCAGAGCUUUGGAACGCAGUCUUGGGGCCAAUGAGGCGCCAAAGAGAAGAGAGGAACAGGCGGCACAAUCGCAGAAGAAGGGCAGGCGCCGCAGAACGCAGAUGCAGACGAAGGAGGAGGAAGAGGAAGAGAAAGAGGAAGAGAAGAAGGACGAAAAAGAGGAGAAAAUCAAGGAAGAGGUGCGUGUGGAAGAGGAGCGACAGCAUGAUGGCGAGGACAAGGAGGUCGACAUGGUUGAUGCCAUUGCUGCUUCCAUAUGA